GCGGGGCAGACUGGGGCUGGCGGGCUGGAGGCUGACCCAGGAGAGUUCAGGGGAGCAACAUCACAGGGGCCACAUCGAAACCAUUGUCCUCGCUGAGAAAAUGGCAGAGGCUGAAGCCGUCCAGCUGAAGGAGGAAGGGAACCAGCAUUUCCAGCGCCAGGACUACAAGGCCGCGACAAAGAGCUACAGCCAGGCCCUGAAGCUGACCAAGGAUAAGACCCUACUGGCCACGCUCUAUCGGAACCGGGCAGCCUGCGGCCUGAAAACGGAGAGCUACGUCCAGGCAGCUUCAGAUGCCUCCAGAGCCAUCGACAUCAACUCCUCCGACAUCAAGGCUCUGUAUCGGCGAUGCCAAGCCUUGGAGCACCUGGGGAAGUUGGACCAGGCCUUCAAGGACGUGCAGCGUUGUGCCACCCUGGAGCCUCGGAACCAGAACUUCCAGGAGACGCUGAGGAGGCUCAACACCAGCAUCCAGGAGAAGCUCCGUGUGCAGUUCUCCACAGACUCCAGGGUGCAAAAGAUGUUUGAGAUCCUCCUGGACGAAAACAGUGACGCCGAUAAGCUGGAAAAGGCUGCCAACAACCUCAUUGUCCUAGGCCGUGAGGAAUCAGGGGCUGAGAAGAUCUUCCAGGGCAAUGGAGUGGCCCUGCUGCUGCAGCUUCUGGACACCAAGAGGCUUGAGCUGAUGCUGGCUGCAGUGCGGACCCUGUCGGGCAUGUGCAGUGGCCACCGAGCCAGGGCCAUGGCGAUUCUGCACGCAGUGCGGAUAGACCGAAUCUGCAGCCUCAUGUCCAGCGAGAACGAGGAGAUGUCUCUGGCCGUCUGCAACUUGCUCCAAGCCGUCAUUGACUCCCUGUCCGGGGAGGACAAGCGGGAGCAUCAAGGGAAGGAGGAAGCCCUGGUUCUAGACACCAAGAAGGACUUGAAGCAGAUCACCAGCCACCUGCUCGACAUGCUGGUCAGUAAGAAGGUGUCUGGCCAGGGCAGGGAUCAGGCGCUGAACCUGCUCAAUAAGAACGUCCCCAGGAAGGACCUUGCCAUUCACGACAACUCGCGCACCAUCUACGUGGUGGAUAACGGCCUGAGGAAGAUCCUGAAGGUGGUGGGGCAGGUUCCAGAUCUGCCGUCCUGCCUACCCCUGACCGACAACACCCGCAUGCUGGCUUCUGUCCUCAUCAACAAGCUCUACGACGACCUGCGCUGUGACCCAGAGCGCGACCACUUCCGCAAGAUCUGCGAGGAAUACAUCACGGGCAAGUUUGACCCCCAGGACAUGGACAAGAAUGUGAAUGCCAUCCAGACGGUGUCAGGGAUCCUGCAGGGCCCCUUUGACCUGGGCAAUCAGCUGCUGGGACUGAAAGGCGUGAUGGAGAUGAUGGUGGCGCUGUGUGGCUCGGAGCGUGAGGCGGACCAGCUGGUGGCCGUGGAGGCCCUCAUCCACGCCUCCACCAAGCUCAGCCGCGCCACCUUCAUCAUCACCAAUGGCGUGUCGCUGCUCAAACAGAUCUACAAGACCACCAAAAACGAGAAGAUCAAGAUCCGCACGCUGGUGGGACUCUGUAAGCUCGGCUCUGCGGGCGGCACAGACUAUGGUCUCAGGCAGUUUGCUGAAGGAUCGACAGAGAAGCUGGCCAAACAGUGUCGCAAGUGGCUGUGCAAUGCGUCCAUAGACACCCGCACCCGGCGCUGGGCAGUGGAGGGCCUGGCCUACCUCACGCUGGACGCGGAUGUGAAGGAUGACUUUGUCCAGGACAUCCCUGCCCUGCAGGCCAUGUUCGAGCUGGCCAAGAGCAGUGACAAGACCAUCCUGUACUCCGUGGCCACCACCCUGGUGAACUGCACCAACAGCUACGACGUCAAGGAGGUCAUCCCCGAGCUCGUCCAGCUCGCCAAGUUCUCCAAGCAGCACGUGCCCGAGGAGCACCCCAAGGACAAGAAGGAUUUUGUAGACAUGCGGGUGAAGCGGCUUCUGAAGGCGGGUGUCAUCUCCACGAUGGCCUGUAUGGUGAAAGCAGACAGUGCCAUUCUCACCGACCAGACCAAGGAGCUGCUGGCCAGGGUCUUCCUGGCACUGUGUGACAAUCCAAAGGACCGAGGCACCAUUGUGGCUCAAGGUGGUGGCAAGGCCCUGAUCCCCCUGGCCUUGGAGGGCACAGACGUGGGCAAGGUGAAGGCAGCCCACGCCCUCGCAAAGAUCGCCGCUGUCUCCAAUCCGGACAUCGCCUUCCCCGGGGAGCGGGUGUAUGAGGUGGUGCGGCCCCUUGUGAGGCUCCUGGACACGCAGAGGGACGGCAUCCAGAACUACGAGGCUCUCCUGGGCCUCACCAACCUGUCUGGGCGGAGUGACAAACUCCGGCAGAAGAUCUUUAAGGAGAGGGCCUUGCCAGACAUCGAGAACUACAUGUUUGAGAAUCACGACCAGCUGCGGCAGGCGGCCACUGAGUGCAUGUGCAACAUGGUGGUCAACAAGGAGGUGCAGGAGCGGUUCCUGGCCGACGGGAAUGACCGGCUGAAGCUGGUGGUGCUGCUGUGCGGGGAGGAUGAUGACAAGGUGCAGAAUGCAGCUGCGGGGGCCCUGGCCAUGCUGACAGCGGCACACAAGAAACUGUGCCUCAAGAUGACUCAAGUGACAUCCCAGUGGUUGGAAAUCCUACAGCGGCUUUGUCUGCACGACCGGCUGUCAGUCCAACACCGGGGCCUGGUCAUUGCCUACAACCUGCUGGCGGCUGAUGCUGAGCUGGCCAAGAAGCUGGUGGAGAGUGAGCUCCUGGAGAUCCUGACUGUCGUGGGCAAACAGGAGCCAGAUGAGAAGAAGGCAGAAGUGAUUCAGACGGCCCGGGAAUGUCUCAUCAAGUGCAUGGAUUAUGGCUUCAUUAAACCAGUGUCUUAGACAGGGGCCCACAGGGCCAUUGAGACUGGUUCUGUACUGUGCAGAGUCCUGGGCUGGGUACUCCCAGAGUGUCAGGUCAUCUAGGGAUCACAGCAGUGACAAUGAAGUCUCAAUAUAAAGGAAAGACUUGAUUAUUCCCUGAAUCUUCCCCUUUGUCCUGGCAAAGUUUGGAUGUUUCACUGGCUCUCUUGCUCUUUAUCUCCUUACAUUUGUCAUGUUCCAGAAAUUACUAGAAUAAUUUUCAUCCAAGAUUAAAAGACAGGUUGGAUAAUUCUUUCUGUAUCCAUUCCGAAGGCCAGGACAAUGGGCUGAAGUUCUUUAUAUUUUGGAAAAUGGAUUGUAUGGUAAAAUAGGAACUAACAGGUAUUCAACUAUAAAGGUUAAUGCGGUUGGAUUUGAGUGAUGAUCUGUGUUGGUUUUCAAACCUUCUCUCCCAUACUGUUUGAAUUAGGCUGUUCAGAACUCCAUGUUUCACCUGCAGUGAUCUGUCCUGGCCCCAUGCCCACUCCCAUCACUCAACUGUGAUGGAAAUGCAGUGUGUGUUUAACACUGUAACAUGACCUUUGCAAUUUACUUGGAAAAGUCUUCCAAGCAAGACAGAUAUGACGAAUAUAAAUGAGACCAACUCAAAGUAUUUCAGGCAAAAAAUAAAUAAUCCAUUGGCUCAUAUAUCUUGACUAUCCAGGGAAAGGCCUGACAUUGACAUCGUUAGACCCUGAGGUUCAAAUGUUUUCACCAAUAUUAUUCUCCAUGUAGGUGUCUGUCUAUCUCUUUCAUCCCAUAUCUUGUCUUUGAUUUCCUCUGGGUUGACCUCAUUCUCUGGCAGACUCUCUCCAUGUGCUAGGAGGGAUACUCUCUAGCAGCUCCAGACUGAUGUAGUUGUUAAAAUUCAUUAUGGAAGAGAAGAGAGAAGAGCAUUCUUAAUAACCCAGCAAAAUUCCCAGGAUGACUCUGGUAUGUCUAGUUCAGGUCACAUGUCCAUCGGUGAGCCAGGGGUGGAAUGCUAAUUGGCCAGGCCUGGGUCAUAUAUACAAGUCUAGGGCAAGAAGGAGCUGCAUCCCUAUCCAAUUGACUGAUUAGGCUUAUUAAGGAAUGAAAGAGGCAUAUAACCACAAAAGAAUGUAUGUUGGGCAGAUCAAAGAACAUGUUCUGUAGGUCAGACUUAGCCACAAAAGAAUGACACAAGUAAUAUGUUUGUAGAUCUGAAUUUCUCUACUUAUAUUGCCUUUCUAGCUAUGGUUAAGAUAGCUAUGAUUUAGUACUGCCACGCCAGUAUGUCCCAAUUCCACCCACCUUUAUUGAAGGGUUGACAGUUCUCAUCUCCAGCCUGGGCCACAAGAGUGAGACCCUGUCUUUAAAAAAAAAUGCCACUUACAAUAGCAUAAAAUAUAUCAAAUGCCCAGCAAUAAAUCAUGUGAAAGAUAUUGAAGGACUAAACAUAGGCAACUAUAAAAUAUUAUUGAAAGAAAUAAACAAAAACCUACAUAAAUGAAGAGAUAUUACUAUAUUCAUGAAUUGGGUGACUCAACAUUAUAGGAAUGUAAAUUCUCCCCAAGUUGGUGUAUAGAAACGUUGAGGCUUUUGGGGGACAGAGAUCGAUAAGUUGUUUCCAAAAUGUGUAUAAAAGUGCAAAGAGUCAAGAAUAGCAAUGACUGUCUUGAAGAAGAAUGAAGUUGGAAGACUAACAGUGAA